GUCGCACCACCGCGCAAAAUUCACUCGAAAGAAAACAGAAAACACUAACGGAAAAAAACACGAUGGCGAAGGAUGGUGGCGCCGGUGAGCGGCAACCGUCGGAAAACAGCAUCGUCUGGAGGGAGGAGGCGCGGAAGUUCCAGACGCCCGACGGCGAGGCCUUCCUCCAGUACCGCCUCGUCGACCUUUCGCGCACCUCCUCCGGCCGCGGCGGCGCGUCCCCGACGGCGAUGGACAUGGUCCACACGUACGUGCCGGCGAGCAAGCGCGGGCUGGGCCUCGCCGCGCGGCUCUGCGACGCCGCCUUCGCCCACGCGCGGAGCAACGGCAUGCGUGUCAUCCCCACCUGCUCCUACAUCUUGGACACAUACCUUCCCCGCAAUCCGGCAUGGAACGAGCUCCUCUACAAUGAAGACGAACCCAAACACGGCAACACCAGCAGUAGCAUGUAGAAAAAGUUAAUAGUGUGCUCACCGAGAAGCUGUGAGUGUGCUCAUCUGCGAUGUAAUAUACCACUGAAUAAUCAGCUGAUCAGCCAUGUCCACUGCAUCUUGUAAGCCCUUCGAUGCUGCGUCUGUUGCGCUCAAGAUUCGGUGUUUAUUAUGUAAAAAACGUUGUAAGGUCGACCUUAAAACACUUGGUAUGGAAGGCAGAUGUUUAAACAUAAACAGGUUAUCA